AUGUCAUUACUUAUUCCUGGAGAAUCACAACCAGGGAUCGAUAUUGAUGUCUAUAUGAGACCUCUGGUGGAUGAGUUGAAUGAGUUGUGGGAAAAUGGUGCAUUAUCUUAUGAUGCGGUAACUGGUGAGUCUUUCCAGAUGCGUGCAGCUUUGAUGUGGACUAUACAUGAUUGGCCUGCAUUUGGUGACAUAUCUGGGUGGAGAACAAAUGGUCAUUAUUCUUGUUACACUUGCAAUGAUGAACUAUAUUUUCAAUCCUUGAAAGGUAAGACUGCAUACACUAACCAUCGAUGCUACUUGUCUCAAAACCACCCCGAAAGGCGAAAGAGUAAAGCUUACAAUGGUAAGCAUGAGAAGCGAAAGAGAUCUUUAGAGUUACCAGUGGAAAAGAUAUUAGAGCAAUUGGAUAGAGUGACAUGUGUCACAUAUGGGAAGCUUCCAAGAAACAAGGAAAGACUCCGUCAGGCACCAAAUUGGACAAAGGUAAGCAUCUUGUAUGAGUUACCAUACUGGAAGAAACGGAAGCUUCGACACAACAUUGAUGUCAUGCAUGUCGAGAAGAAUUUUAGUGAAAAUACCUUUGGAACUAUGUUAGGCAUUGAUGGAAAGAACAAAGACACCGACAAAGCACGAAUGGACUUGGAAGAUAUGGGCAUAAGGAAAGAGUUGUGGUUAACACGUCGUCUUGAUGGAACUUAUGUCAAACCUAGGGCAAUCUUUUCAUUGACCCCUGAAGAGAGGGAGGGUUUCUUUGAAUUCUUGAAAUCAGUUAAGUAUCCAGAUGGUUAUGCUGCAAACAUAUCAAGAUCAGUGAAUGCGAGAAAUGGUAAAUUAACAGGCUUGAAAAGUCAUGACUGCCAUGUACUCAUACAACGGAUUCUUCCAAUUGGGAUGCGUGGUUACGUAGACAAAGAGAUUAGUAAAACACUAUUUGAGUUAGGUAGCUUUUUCCAGGAUUUGUGCUCAAGGACAUUGCGCCGUAAUGAACUUGAGAAAUUAGAGGAACGUAUAGUACACAUAUUAUGCAAGCUUGAAAAGAUCUUUCCUCCAGCCUUCUUUGAUGUGAUGGUUCACUUGGCCGUUCACUUGCCGCGUGAGGCAAUUCUUGGAGGACUGGUGCAAUAUCGAUGGAUGUACCGGAUUGAAAGGUUUCUCGGAGCUUUAAAAAAGUUUGUUACAAACCGAGCUCGACCAGAAGGUUCAAUCGCAGAGGCUUACAUUGUCAAAGAGUGCAUUACUUUUUGUUCAAUGUAUGUUGAUGGGAUCGAAACAGUGCAUAAUCGACCCGAACGAAAUCAAGAUCGUGGCGAACGUCGCAAAGGGUUGACUGUAUUCACAGAAACUGCCCGUCCUAUUGGCCUAAUCACAAGGGAUGCUGAUAUGUCACAAGAAUAUCGUGAUAUGGCUCAUUGGUUCUUGUUGAACAAUAGCCCCGAGAUAGAGAAGUAUCUAGACCAUCAUACCACUCCAGUUGAAGUUGAUGGGAGUAUGGCGGAAACGAUGAACUAUAUGCAGUUUGCUGACACUAUUGCUGACAAUGACAUGUAUGGUCCUGAUGUUGCCCUAGACAGUGAUGAAAAUGAAAUGUUUGGUGAAGAAAAUUUAUUAGCCGGAUCAGAUGAUGAUGAUGAAGAAGAUGAUGUCGAUGGCCCCGUUGACCUUGAAAAUGUCUGCAUCCCAUCUAGACCUGAAAUCCUUUUCUAUGAGAACAUUCACAUGGGUGGUGAUUUGACAUGA